ACUGAAAUCGAACAGAACUUGUUUCCCUCAUCAGUCGGGCAUGUUUUUCCAGCGCACAGCAUACAGACUCGAGCAUGGACGAGACAGCACAGCGAAUACUGGAGUAUUUGACUGAGUUAGAAGUCGCUGCAGAAGAUAUUUUUAGUGACAAGCAACAGAUCGUGGAUCUGGAUUUGCGGAGAAACAGAAAUCGAGAAGCACUCGGCGCUUUACGAAACCAUUCCUCAAACGAUAAUGUGAAAGUGUGUUUUGGAAAUAUGUUCAUCAAAUUCCCCCAAGAAAGUACCAGAUCCAUGAUCCUUAAAGACCAAGAGCAGCUUGACAAGGAAAUAUCUGACCUCCGCAAACGACUAAAAGCAAAAGUAAACCGUCUCAAUGACUUGCAAGGUAAGCCUGAACUCAGAGGAUACAACCUUUCUCCUCUGAGCAGUGAUGAGAUUAAAGCAAUUAACAGCCUCCUUAAGAAAUAAUAUCCACUAGCUUCUGGGGCCGUCUCGAACCUGAGGGUAACGUUUGGACUGUUACCUGUGCGUCGGAGCACUGAAGUGUCUGCACACCGCCUGUGACUUUGCUAACUCAGCAGAAGAACUUUUUUCAUUGACUAUUGGUGACUGGCUCACACAGUCUGUCUUCAUCAUUCAUUGCUUUUACAUGGAUUGCCUUACUCUGUUCAACACAAUUGUUGAACAGAGUAAGCCAAAAAAAAAUGCUAAAAUGCUUGGGUGGGUAUUUCCACAACAUGUAGCCUGUUUGUUGUUACUUUCACAGGUUUUGUUAUAAUUUUUAAAAAAUUCAAUAAAGUGUCUAAGUCUGUAUACUCAUUUCUGCACUAAUUAUGUGGGAUUUAUAUGUUGUAAAAUGAAAACGUAUUGAUUUUACUCAA